CCUGCUCGUGCGUGUAAUGGGGAUGCGGCCGUUGACGACGGACGUGACGGAUGUGACGGGGAUGCGGACUGCUCUGACGUGGCAUCGUCGAUGAGUGCGUGUGGCGCCUCCUCCGAUGGGUAUCAUCUGAGUGGAUUUGUCGACGAUCAGCCGACAGACGGGUUGCGAGAGGGGGCUGCUGGGGAUGUCGAUGCUGAUUCGCAGCCGUCUGCCGGUCCGGCUGUUGUUCGUGCUGAAUGCCCUUCAUACCUGCAUGCUGCCCGCCACCAUGUCGCCCGCCUUGUUCGUACUCAUCCAUUUGCCAUCUUGUAUGAGGGGCCGGGCGACGCAUUCAAGGGACAUCUGCGGCACCGCCGACAGGGGGGUCGGCGCCAGAGGAACUCGACUCACGCGGCUGCCGGGCUUCUUGCAGUGCUGCCUUCGGCGGGCCUGCUGAUGUCACCAAUUGGGGCGUUGGGCGUGGGUGCAUGCGGGAGGCAAGGAGAUCGUGGGAGUUGCCAGGAAGGUCCACGCUCGUCUACUCAGUCGGAGCCCCAACCAAACACAAGCCAGCCGUCCUUCAGCGGGCCGUCACUCUGCUCGUUGGCUCAGGAUCAGCCACCAUCGCCAGCGUCACGGUGCCAGAUCCUUCUCGGCAGGGAGCCUGAAGAUGAAGGCACGACACACACAGCCGUCGACAGAAGCCCCCCCUCCCCAAGGCAGGACACUGCUACCCUUCCCCUUGCUUCUGUUGACCCACCGUGUGGCGAAUGGGCGGAGCUGGUCAACCCCUCCUCUGACGAUGAGUCGACGUGCAGCUCGACUGCCCGAGGAAGGGCUCGGUCAUAUGAUGGAUGGGACACCCCAUCGCUCGCCGCCCUGCCAGAAACACCGGACCACAAUGUGUGUGUCCUGACCCCUACCCCACUCGUCUCCCCUGGACACUCACCUGGCAGGGAUCGAGACCCUGGCUGGCGGCACUUGUGGGUGGAAAGACGGCCCCGUACGCAUAAAGGUGAUGAUCAU